AUGCCUCAGUCUCUGCCUCAGUCUCUGCCUCAGUCUCUGCCUCAGUCUAUGCCUCAGUCUCUGCCUCAGUCUCUGCCUCAGUCUCUGCCUCAGUCUAUGCCUCAGUCUCUGCCUCAGUCUCUGCCUCAGUCUCUGUCUCUGCCUCAGUCUCUGCCUCAGUCUCUGUCUCUGCCCUCAGUCUCUGCCUCAGUCUCUGUCUCUGCCCUCAGUCUCUGCCUCAGUCUCUGCCCUCAGUCUCUGCUUCUGGACAAUGCUAAGAACGCUAGCAUUGUCCAGAACAUGCUAGCUCAAUGA